AUGUCGGUCGAACGAGAGAAAUCCAAGACAAAGGUGCACAAGCUCCCACUGAAGGGUUCGUCGAAACUCGUUGCGGAAUUCUUCCAAUUCUCCAUAAACACGAUUCUCUUCCAGCGUGGUGUUUACCCCGCCGAGGACUUCACGGCCGUCAAGAAAUAUGGCCUCACAAUGCUCGUUUCCUCGGACGAUCAAGUCAAAGCCUACAUUAAGAAAAUCAUGGGCCAGCUCGACAAAUGGAUGAUUGGCGGCAAGAUAUCGAAGCUUGUGGUUGUUAUUACAAGUAAAGAUACAGGCGAGCAUGUCGAGAGGUGGCAGUUCGACGUUCAAAUAAUCAACAAAUCCUCCUCCAAGAAAUCCUCCAAGAAGAGCGCAGACAAGGAAAAUGCUGCUCCCGAUAACGCGGCCGCUGUACCACCAGCUGAGAAAACGGAGGCAGAGAUCCAAUCCGAGAUACAGUCUAUAUUCCGACAGAUUACCGCCUCGGUUACUUUCUUGCCUCAGCUGGAUGGGGACUGUACGUUCAAUGUGCUGGUGUAUGCGGAUGCGGAUAGUGAGGUACCGAUGGAGUGGGGAGACAGUGAUGCGAAAGAGAUUAAGAAUGGGGAGAAAGUACAGCUGAGGAGUUUCAGUACGAGUAAUCAUAAGGUUGAUACUUUGGUCAGCUAUAGGAUUGGUGAUUAG